AUGUUCCAACGAGCUCGAUCUACUUCAGUUGCUACAGGAAAUUCAGCCGCUUCCAAUGAUUCCAGUAGACUGCCUACGCACGAUGACACAGACGGAACUAAGGGUGUAUCGAGAUUACGACGUGAUACAGUCGAUGGCAUUUCAUCUGCUGGUAUACCGAGUGCCCCUGGAUCUAGUAUUGGUGAUCAUGGUACAGAUUCAGCAUCUACAAAACAAGCAGAAGAAGUUCCAUGGUUCUUGCAGCCUGAUUCACCGCCUGAAGAUAUCAUGUUGAACCCGAAUGGACAGGUGAAAGGUGCAACGUUGGCAGCAUUGAUGGAACGUUUGACGAUGCACAAUGCUUUCGAUUCGAGCUUCAACAGUACAUUCUUGAUGACGUAUAGAUCCUUCACGACCACAGAAAUCUUGCUAGACCUUCUCUUUGCUCGUUUCCGUAUUCAAGAACCUGAUGGAUUAACAUUGGAUGAACAUGAGAUGUGGAUCGAGAAGAAACAAAGACCGAUUCGUUUCCGUGUCUUUAACGUGCUCAAAUCUUGGCUUGAAUCCCAUUUCCAGGAAGAUGAGGAUGAAGAGCAUAUGAAACGUAUCCGUGCUUUUGCAUUGGAUGAAAUGGCUCAUUCGCCUGCAAUGAAUAUGCCAGCCAAUUUGCUGUUGCGUAUUAUUGAACGUAGAAGUGGAACUGGUGAACAGAUGAAGAUUACAAUGGUCAUGCCUGCUUCUGCUCCACCACCAAUUUUACCCAAGAAUUUCCGAAAGAUUAAAUUCUUGGACAUCGAUCCACUUGAAAUGGCACGUCAAUUGACAUUGAUGGACAGUAGACUGUACAAUCGCAUCCGACCUUCGGAAUGUUUGGGCAAGGCUUGGAGUCGUGACUCUGGAGCAUGGAAGGCAAAAGGUGUUCGUGAUGUGAUUGGAGCGAACAAUCGUGUCAGUGGUUGGGUGAGUGAAGCCAUCUUGGUGCAAGAAGACGUUAAGAAGCGUGCUGCAUGGGUGAAACAUUUCGUAGCAAUCGCCGAUCGUUGCUUCUACCUCAACAAUUUUUCAAGUAUGAUGGCGAUUUACUCUGGCUUGAAUAACGCAUCACUCAAUCGUUUACGCAGAACAUGGGAUGCUGUCAAUCAACGUCAUUUGCAGUUGUUCGAGAAUAUGCGUGCCAUCCUUGCACCAACGAGAAAUUUUACAAAAUAUCGUGAAACAUUACGCAAGCUCAAUCCACCUUGUGUGCCUUUCUUGGGUGUUUAUUUGACGGACUUAACGUUUAUUGAAGAUGGUAAUACGGAUCGAUUACGAACGGAUGAUCGAUUGAUCAAUUUUAGUAAACGUCAAAUGACAGCCGAAAAGAUUCAAGAAAUUAUGAUUUAUCAAAGCACACCAUACAACUUAACACCCGUUCCUGGCUUGCAAAAGUUCAUCGAAGAGAAUUUGAUCGAAGCAAGAAGUGAUGAUGAAUUAUUCGAACAAAGUCUUCGAUUGGAACCGCGUGAACGAGAAGAUGAAAAGAUUGCUCGUCUUUUGCAAGAAAGUGGAUUUUUGUGA